AUGGAAAGAACGGCAACUUCUCCUACUUCUCUUGAAACCCACUUUGUAGAUAUCCAUGAAGUGUUACUAGAAGAAGAAGAUGAUGAUGAUGAUGAAGAAAAGAAGGGAACAAACAGAAGGGUAGACAAAGCUGAUCAUAAGCGUUUGAACAGACCCAUCAAAGUUAGAGACCCCAAGAGGCCACAUAGGGGUUUAAACAGGCAAGUUUCGUUAGAGACGGGUUUUUCAGUGCUGCUCAAUCGAGAGUCUAAGGCCAAAGAAGAGAAGAGGGUUCUUUCCAGAAGUGGACGAAGUUUUGGAGGGUUUGAUUCGGCCAAUAGGAUUGGUUUUGAAGGUCGUAAAGGAGACUUCAGUAUUUUCAAGACGAAAGCGACUCUGAGUAAGCAGAAUUCUUUGUUGCCAUCAAGAAAGGAGAGGGAAGUGGAGCCUCAAAGGACUGAUCCAUCUUCCGGGCUUGAUGAGUCUGUCAAUCAAAGUGUUCCUGCAGGAAGAUACUUUGCUGCUCUGAGAGGACCUGAGCUAGACCAAGUCAAGGAGGAUGAGGAUAUUCUCCUUCCCAAAGAUGAGAAGUGGCCCUUCCUCCUUCGCUUCCCAAUUGGAUGCUUUGGUAUUUGUCUCGGACUUAGCAGCCAAGCUGUCCUAUGGCGUGCCCUGGCAACAAGCCCUGCUACAAAAUUUCUCCAUAUUACCCCAUUAAUCAACCUUGGCCUCUGGCUAUUAGCCCUUGCAGUCCUAAUCUCCGUCUCCUUCACCUACAUACUCAAAUGCAUAUUCUACUUUGAAGCCGUCAGAAGAGAGUACUUCCACCCUGUUAGGGUUAACUUCUUCUUUGCCCCUUGGGUCGUCUGCAUGUUCCUAGCCCUUGGUUUACCUCCCAUGCUAGCCCCCAAAACCCUACACCCUGCCAUAUGGUGCAUCUUCAUGGCUCCGUAUUUCGUGCUUGAACUCAAGAUCUAUGGCCAGUGGCUUUCCGGCGGGAAGCGACGGCUUUGUAAGGUGGCGAACCCCUCUUCUCACCUCUCGGUCGUCGGCAACUUUGUCGGUGCUAUCUUAGCUUCCAAAGUGGGAUGGAAUGAGGCUGCCAAGUUCUUGUGGGCGGUAGGCUUCGCACAUUAUCUUGUGCUGUUUGUGACGUUGUAUCAGAGAUUGCCCACCAGUGAAGCAUUACCUAAGGAACUACACCCUGUGUACUCCAUGUUUAUUGCUGCUCCAUCUGCUGCAAGCCUUGCUUGGCAGACAAUCUAUCAAGAGUUUGACGGGUUGUCAAGGACUUGCUACUUCAUCGCCUUGUUUCUUUAUGUCUCCCUGGUUGUGCGAAUCAACUUUUUCACAGGCUUUAAGUUUUCCGUGGCAUGGUGGUCUUACACGUUCCCCAUGACAACAGCUUCGGUGGCGACCAUCAAGUACGCAGAGGAAGUCCCUUCAGUUCUAAGCAAGGGCCUUGCACUUACCCUUUCUUUCAUGUCAUCGGCAAUGGUGUGCGUUUUGUUCAUUUCCACCCUUCUUCAUGCCUUUGUGUGGCACACACUGUUUCCAAAUGAUUACGCCAUCGCCAUAACAAAGAGACGACUUGUCAAAGAGAAGAAACCCUUCAAAAAAGCCUAUGACAUUAAGCGUUGGACAAAGCAGGCUCUAACGACCAAGCACAAUUCAGUAAACAAGGAUUCUGAGAAAAUGGGAUAGUUAAUGACACCAUAGAAACCAUAUAGAAAACUAGUUUGGAACAAUUAAGCAGAUAGUUUUAGUGCCUUUUUCUUUAUUUAGCUUUGCAAUACUUGCGCUUUUCAAGCCAAUAAUAGACAUCCAACUAGAUGGAAAACUGUGGUUUUACUUUGAUCACGAUCUAAAAUUAAUGUCAAUUAAGAA